AUGGCUGCCAAGAAGAAAUGGUCUAAGGGCAAAGUGAAGGACAAGGCUCAACACGCCACUGUCUUCGAUAAGGCCAUCAUUGACCGCAUCAACAAGGAGGUCCCUGCCUUUAAGUUCAUCUCGGUUUCUGUUCUUGUCGACCGCAUGAAGAUCAACGGCUCCCUUGCCCGCGUCGCCAUCAAGGAGUUGGCUCGCCGUGGUGUCAUCCAAGAAGUUGAGCGCCACUCCAAGCAAGUCAUUUACACUCGUGCUCCUGCCGCUGUUGCCGAGUAA